GUUCUCCUCUCUGGUUUCCUGAUUCACGGAAAUGAGCUGAAAGCUGCGACACCGACAGACGCAGGAAGAACCGGAGGACCGGAGCCGAUCAGCGACCGACGGAUCAUCAACAAGCUCCUGGAGAAACGCGAGGAUCGAUCAGCGGCAGCAGCUCAAAGGCAUGAGGUCCUGAGAGAAGAGCGGACCUGAAGGAAGACAGGAAGCGACAUGGCCCACGUAGGCAACGGAGCGACGGCGGAGGAGGAGGAGGACUGUUUUGAAGAUGCCUUCGACCAGAUACCAGCCUCCUGCAGCAUGGACCUCCAGACCUCCAUCCAGGAGGCCCAGUGUGCUCUGAACCUGGUUCUCAACAACAAGUUCUCUGAAGCUCUGGACCUCCUCAAACCCUGGCGGACGGACAGCAUGUACCACGCUCUCUUCUACAGCGGCAUCCUGGUGAUGCAGGCCACCAUGACCUUCGAGCACAGCGACAUCCAGGUCGCCAUGGCAACCAUCAAGGAGGCUCUCCACACCUGUCAGAGGUUCAGGAAGAGGAACUCGAUGGUCGGAUCUCUGUCCAGUCUGAUCAGCAAACAGUCCAAACUGCAGGAAGAGGAGAUGCACGCGGAUCUCUGCUACGCCGAGUGUCUGCUGCAGAAAGCCAUGCUCACCUUCAUACAGGAUGAGAGCAUGAUCAGUUUCAUCAAAGGAGGCAUCAAGAUUCGAACCAGCUACCAGAUCUACAAGGACUGUCAGAAUGUGCUGAACGUCACCCAGGACCUGGCCGGCCAGCCUGAUUCGUUCAAGCACUUUGAGUGUGGAGUCAAGAUGGGGAUCGGCUCCUUCAACCUGAUGUUGUCUCUGCUCCCUCAGAGGAUUCUGAGGCUCUUGGAGUUUAUCGGAUUCUCAGGAAACAGGGGCUUCGGUUUGGCUCAGCUCAACGACGGAGCUUCCAGCCACAGUUUGAAGUCCAUCCUUUGCGUUCUGACGCUGCUCUUCUACCACACCUAUGUGUCUCUGGUCCUUGGAACCGGAGAAGGAAACGUGGUGGAGGCCGAAGCUCUGCUGGAACCAUACAAACACAAAUACCCCAAAGGCUCCAUAAUCCUGUUCUACUCGGCUCGAAUCACUGCUCUGAAAGGAAACUUUGAGAAGGCCCGGGCUCGCUAUGAAGAGUGCAUCAGCAGCCAGCAGGAGUGGAAGCAGAUCCACCAUCUGUGUUACUGGGAGCUGAUGUGGACUCAUUCGUACCAGCAGGACUGGAAGCAGGCGUUCCACUACGCCGACCUGCUGUGCAGAGAGAGCCGCUGGUCCAAGGCGAUCUACGUUUACCAGAAGGCGGCCAUCUUGAGCAUGAUGUCAGAGGACGAGGCGAAGAAGACGGGAGAAGACGUGGUGGAGCUUUUCAGGCAGGUUGAAGGUCUGAAACAGCGUCUGGCAGGAAAAUCCAUCCCAAUGGAGAAGUUUGCUGUGAGGAAGUCGAGACGCUACAAAGCUGCUAACCCUGUCCUGCUGGUCAUCCCUGCUCUGGAGAUGAUGUACGUCUGGAACCUCUUCACCAUAGUCGGGAAACGAGCCGACUGCACCGAGGCGCUGCUGGUCACCAUAGAAAAGGCCGAGGAGCAGAUUCGCAAUGACCCCAACCCGUCAGAGUUCCAUCCAGACAGCAGCUGUCUGGUCCAGAUGUUGAAGGGUCUCUGUCUGAAACAUCUGGGGAGGUUACUGCAGGCCGAGCUCUGCUUCACACAGGUCCUGUCCAGUGAGAGUCGUAUCCGGUACGAUCACUACCUGAUUCCUUUCACUCUCUAUGAACUGGGGCUGCUCUAUAAACAACAGGGAGAUUUCUCCAAGGCCACCGCCUACAUCGAAAACGCCAAGACCAACUAUAAGGACUACUCCAUGGAGUCUCGGCUGCACUUCAGGAUCCACGCGGCGCUCAACAGCCUCAAAGGUUCACCUGUCGGGACGCCGUAACCCGGAGACCAUGAAGGAGCUCAGGUGUGUCGGCGGUGUCCAGAUCGCCCGUCCGCCUGCUUUUCUCUCCAAACUUUUGUUUGUUUGUUUUUUUAAACUUUAUUUAUUUUCUUCAGCCAAGUCAAUGAGAUUCCAGAUUAACUUGCACUCCUCAGACAGGCCUCCCAUCGACGUCUGCUGACAGAACCGAGGUUUCACCGACAGACGCAGAGCCACGGUUCAGCCAGCACCAGGUUUUUGGUUCAAGACGUAAACACACGAGGCGUUUUAUUGUGAAGGGCUCGUUCACUCAGGGACGCACACAAUCACUUUCUGCACAUUUUUGACACAAAACUGCAUGAAUAAUCCGACAGUUUCUGCAGAUCACGAUACUGACGAACCUUCUGGGAACAAAUGAGUCUUUUCUGUGUGAACGGGCCCUAAAAUCAAACCUUUAUUGUGAAAAGCUAACAAAUCAUGGCCUUACACUAAAGUCAUCUUAACGGUUUGUGUACAUGUGUGGGAAAGAAUCGUAAAUACUGACAGAUUUCAGGGUGCAGGAUGAAGCAGCAGGGAAACAUGAUGUCUAGAAAUUCAAACCUAUGCUUUAAACCUUCUUUAUUUUGCCUUUUUCGUGAUUUCUAAACGAAGCAUCGCAGCCUUCUCUCUCACCGACCGUGGCUUAAACAAACACAACACACUCAUUCCGGGCUCGCACAUGCUGCCGCCAUAUGCACAGAUUAAAACGGCUGAAAACGCACAUUUCGCAGCAAUAUGAAAGGAUUUGUGCUGUCGAUUCUCGGUCAUCGUGUCGGUCUGUGAGUUUCCACGUUUAGCGUCCUGCAGGUUUAACUCUGAUGUUUCUCAGACGCACAGUAGCUCUGGAGGUUGAAAACACCUUUUUAAAUGUCGCUGCUGUAGAAUUCGAAGGCUUUCUUUCAGAUUCCAGACAAAGUUGUGGCUAAUUUACAGCAAAGACUUCUGCUCCGUCAACAUUCUGGCUGCUCGCGCUGCGCCCUCUGAAGGCUAAAGGUGCAGCUACCACAUGGACAGAUCGCUUUUAAAUCCCUAGACGCCGAUCCUCAUAGAAAAACUCCCCAAAAUACACUUAACAAACCAACAACUACAAAGCACAAUUGAAAAUCAACAGACCAAAAUUAGCCACAAGUUUCACACAAACCUCAUUUGCAUACAAAAAUAUGACUUGUGCUGAAAAUGUGCAGCAGAUUUAGCUCUGACUGUUUGCCAGAAAUCUGGAAAAACUACAAGUAAUAACUUUAUUGACAGAAAGGCUGUUUAUGGCAACCAUAGACUGAUUGACUGUUCAACACUAAACUAGGCCAGUGAACACAUUUAAAGCAGUCUUCCCACUGGUUUGACGGCUUAACACUCGUUGGGAAGCUACUGUAUGUGAUGAGCUAAGCGCUAACUCUAGUGGACACCAUGACAAAGACCAAUGUGGGAGUUUAGCUAGCAAUGAGCACCAUGAAAAAUACUAAUAAGGGAGUUUAACUAGUAAAGGGACACCAUGACAAAGCCUUUUGUAGGAGUUUAGCUAGCAAUGGGCACCAAUCAAUCAAUCAAUCAAAUUUUAUUUAUAAAGCGCCUUCCAACAGCCAAAAGGAGCACAAGGCGCUUAACAGAGUAAAAUAAAAUAAAUAAGUAAAAGCAUUUUAAGAAACACACAGUUCUAGAAAGAGCUAAGCGUCACACGCUACAUGGAACAGGUGCGUUUUCAGACGACAUUUAAAAACAUUUAAUUCAGAAAUGGACCGUAAGUGCGAUGGAAGAGAGUUCCAAAGCUUAGGGCCAAGAACGGCAAAAGAGCGGUCACCAUACUUUCUAUAUCUUGCCCUGGGGACAACCAAGGAGGUUUGCUAGACGAGCGUAGUAUCUUGGCAGGUUGGUAAAUUGCCAACAGCUCUGAGAUGUGGGGGGGGCACGCCCGUUUAUGGCCAUAAACACGAACAACAGGACCUUGUACUGGACUCGAAAGCGCACCAGGAGCCAGUGGAGCACUUGAAGGACCGGAGUGAUGUGAGAGUAUUUUGAGGAGUUGGAGAUGAGACGUGCUGUUGCGUUUUGAACCAAGUGAAGUUUAUGGAGGAGUGAGUGAUUAAGUCCAGCGUGAAGGGCAUUAAAAUAAUCAAGCCCUGAGCUGAUAAAAGCGUGAGCAGCCUUUUCCAAAUCUGCCUGGGACAGGAAUGGCUUAACUCUGCUCAGGAGCCUUAGUUGGAAAAAGCUCGCCCUUACAACUGAACUGAUCUGCUUCAUAAAGUUAAGUCCCUCGCCAAAAAUUACACCCAGAUUCCUCACAGCAGAAGCAAAUUGUGGUGUGGAUGAACCAAAGUCAGGGGAACUGCAGGUUGGGUCAGGACUGAAGAGAAUAUAAUCGGUCUUUUCCAAGACAUGACUUUUUCUUUUCACCAUGACAAAGACUUAGAUGGUAGCUAACAAGGAGCUUUAAAUUAUGUAACAGUGGCAUUAUAUUGACACAUUCUUUUCUUAUCUGUUUGUAUUCUACGCCUGCUUUGAAGGAAUGUGGUUUUAUCAGCUCAGAGAGGUGAUUUCAUCAAACCGAAGCAGCUUUGCCUCUGAGAAACUCCUAAAACUGUCCUCGUUUGUUGAGUAAAUUAUGGAAGCGACCGAAGGCUUCACGUCCGUCCUGGCAUUACUGUUGUGUAGCUUGAGCUGCUUGAUUCUUUUGUUCUAUUGUGUUUUACUCUAUUAUGUAGAUCAACAAUGAAGAGCAGUUUUAGUGUCUAUAAAUGUCCUGAGGAAAAAGAAGCACAACCUCUAAAGAUCAUGUAUCAUGACCCUUUUGCUUUUCAGUAGUUUGAUAUUAUUGACUAUGAUAUAUAACAUAUAUAUAUAUAUAUAUAUAUAUAUAUAUAUAUAUAUAUAUAUAUAAAUGUUAACACAACGAAAAGAUGGACCGGUUUUAUAUUAGGUAGCUUUGACAAACACUCCAAGGAAAAGGCAGGAAAAUUUACUGCCAAAAUGUGGUUUUACUCCAUAUUUAACUCCUAAAACAGCGAACCAAUGAAUUAAAUUAUUUAGUUCUACUUUUACAGUCACCUUAACGACAUCUUUGCUUGCACCAGGUUGAAGGACGUACUUGAAUAAAGUCACAACAGUACUUCUCCCUAUAUUGAAUGUAAUGACAGAAAGAAACGACCAAAUUAUACAUGUGUGUUUGUCUAUUGCUGGAUGUUUUUAUUUCAUUGUGUAUUUUGUGCCUGCACGUCUUUGGAUGUAAGUUUUCUUCAUGUCUUUGUGUGAUUUGAAACUUUACCUCAGAACAACUUAACACACCAAAUGAAUUACUUCAUUGGUAAAAAAUGUACAAAAACAACCAGAGUCGUCUGUGUUUAGGAGUUGUGUUGAUAAUGAAAUUAAUAAUAAUAAAUAAUAAUCAUAAUAAAUUACCUUUAAAGAGUUUCUAUAGGGCAGUUCUUGAAGUCAAAACACUUGGUACGCAUCUUAUGGACAUCAAUAUAACCGUCUCGAAGCCUUUGAGGCUAACAAUUUAGCGAGCUAACGGACAUGACCGUAACAUAAGAGAUGCAUAAGGCAUUGUGAAAUGAGGCGUCCAUUAGUAAGGAUAGUUUUUCUUAGACGUUACGCAAUUAAGGGGAAAAAAUGGCAUCCACUAUUUCUAAAAAAUACAAACGGACUUUUCUUGGUAAACACGCAAUAUUUGACCAACUGCUAAUGCUAGGAGAUUGCUAGCAAAGAUUUUAGUUUGCUAGCAUUUGUAUCAAAGUUCUGGAACAAAAUAAUUUAAAAGGUAGCACACUAAUAUAUUGGUUUUGUGUCAUAACAUUGCUGAAAAAGUUAGCAUUAUAGCUCCAUGCUGGUGUUAUGCUAACAUACUGACCUGAUAGUGGAGGCUUUAGCUUGCUAAAAGCAAAAGUUUUAGCUAGCUAAUGUUUGUUUCAAAGUUCUGGAACAAUGCACAAAAAAAUUGUUUCACCCAUGCUAUAUACUAAAAGCUCUUGCUACAAUGCUAGCAUGUUGGUUGAAGAAGUUUUCACCAGCUUAUGUUGAUACAGUAAGAUCUGGAAAGAAGAAUUAGUGAUUGUUAAAAUGAUUUUUUAACUAUUAAAUGACCCUCUAUGCACAAAAGAAUUAUUUACCAGUGCUAUAAAAUUGUUUAACCAAUUCUAAAUGCUAUUUUGAACUUGCUAAAAGCUCUUGCUACAACAUUAGCAUGCUAACUGUCAUCACAUUACAAGGUAUUAUGUUAAUAUAUUGAUUUUCUGUCAUAAAAUUGACCUAAAAAGUUAGCAUUAUAGUGCCACACGGGGUGUUAAUGCCUACAUGUUGACAUGACAGUGGAGGCUUUAGCUAGCAAAAAUAGAAGUUUGCACAAGCUAACAUUUUAGCUAGCUAAUGUUUGUUUCAAAGUUCUGGAACAAAUACACAAAGUCAUUAAUUUACCAGCACUAUAAAAUUGUUUCACCUAUGCUAUAUACUAUUUUGGAGCUAAAAGCUCUUGCUUAAAAUGUUAACAUGCUGCUCGAAGAAGUUUUUACCAGCUAUCGUUGUUAAAAGUCUGGAAAGAAGCUGUAGCAAUUGUUAUAAUUAUUAUUUAACUAUUAAAUUAUCCAAUAUACAUUAAAAAAUUGCUUAACAAUGCUAUAUACUAUUUUAGCAAUGCACUCCUAGCUCUUGCUACAGUGUUAACUUGUUAGCUAUCACAUAACAAGGUAGCAUGCUACUAUAUUCAACUGUCAUAGAUUGUGCUACAAGUUAGCAUUUUAGCGUGAGCAUUAAGCAUUGAUGCUAACAUUUUAGCAUGCUAGAGGCUCCAGUUUGUAUCUUUUGAUGUUCGACAUUCAAGGCUAAUUUUUAAAGCAAUUUUUAAAGAAUUUUCUGAAUCACUGCGCUUUUGUACGUCGGCAUUAAAAUAUCUGUCAAGUUGGAAAUCAGAAAUGACUGCCUUUUUUCUUUUUCACUGCGCGAAACUGCACACAAAAGCAUAAAAUGAACUCUAAUACAGGUAAAUGUUCCUGAUAAUAAAGCGUUUCUGUUUCUGUGAUGAUAAUUAAAAGUCAAACGCAACACGUUUCCUCCAUUUCUGGCUUCCGUCUCCAUUCAUAAACCGUCACAACUUCCUUCACAGAAGACUUUGGUUUGUUCGUUUCAUCCGUUGCUUCUGUCAGUGUUUCUGUGUGUUAAAACUGUAGAAUACAUUUCUGCAUCACGUGUUUCUCUGCAUAUGUCUAAACUUUUUCUUUUCUUUAAUGAGACUUUGCUGUUCGGUGUGUGGAAGAUUUAUUGUUGAACCCAAAUGAUCGGCUUACGGUUAGCGGUGGAGAUCCACAUGGUGCAAUAAAAUGAAAACAGAAGAAGA